GGUGCAAAAUUUGGUUUUGGAAAUUUUGAUCCAUUUUCUGCUUCUCGGUCCCUUUUUCUUCCCACUCCUUUCUCGAUUCGAUCUAGAUGUACGUUCAUCGCUUCCUAUUCUACGGAUUCAUCUUCCUCCGCUCGAUUUCGCUGUCCUUCGGUGAAUCCCUCACAUGCCUCGCCGUCUAUAGGGAGGGCGGCGCCCCCGCCGUCUUCCAAUCGCCCGAGUGCCCGCGGUGGACCCUCCUCGCCGAUGAUGACCGCCGCCGCCCGCCGCCGAAUUGCCAGGCGGCGUUGCACCAGGGGCGGCGGCGGUCCCAGGAGGACCGCAUCGUCUGCGCCCUUGGCAUGAGGAUCCCCUUCAUUGGUAGAACAGGAAUCAAGGAGCUUGAUGUUGGACUAGUAGCUGUUUUUGAUGGACACAAUGGGGCUGAGGCUAGUGAUAUGGCUUCCAAGCUUUUGGUUGAAUACUUUCUUCUCCACCUCUAUUUUCUUUUGGAUGGGAUAUACUCAGUGGUUCUAAAGAAAUCUAAUGACAAGUUGACAUAUGGAGAAAACAGCAUGGUUUUUGAAAUUGUUAGUCUCGAGAAAACAGAGAACUGGCACUUUCCCGAUCCAGAAAGUUUGUUGCUGUUUCCAAGUGGAAUUAUACUAUGGAAAAAUUGCAGGUCCAACUGGAUACCAGCCAGAAUAUUUGACAGGACUUUUCAUAUGGAAAUAUUAAAGGAAUCAUUGUUGAGGACAAUCCAGGAUAUUGAUGCAACAUUUUCCAAGGAAACUUUGCAGAAAAAUCUCGAGUCGGGUUCUACUGCCACUGUUGUUCUGAUAGUUGAUGGUGAUGUUUUAGCUGCUAAUGUUGGUGACUCAAAAGCUCUUUUGUGUACUGAGGGUUUGCGGCAUCAUAAUCGGAAAGGUAAUUUGUCAAGGAUAAAUCGACAAAGGAGAAGUAAAAAUGCCAUAUUUCCUGUUGGUCAGAAUGGACAACUGGAGUUGGCAACCAAUGGUGGACCAAAUUAUUUUGUUAAGGAGCUCACAGUGGACCAUCAUGUUGACAGAGAAGAUGAAAGAAGCCGAAUUGAAGCUGCUGGUGGAUACGUUGUUGAGUGGGCUGGUGUGGUUCGGGUCAAUGGUGAGCUGGCUGUAUCUCGGGCUAUAGGUGAUAUGGCUUUUAAAAAUUAUGGUGUGGUCUCUACACCCGAGAUGACAGAUUGGCAACAGAUAACAAGAAAUGACAGUUAUUUGAUUGCGGCAUCUGAUGGAGUCUUUGAAAAGCUGACCAUGCAAGAAGUUUGUGAUCUGUUAUGGUAUGAGAAACUAAAAGCUAAUGUGAAGGCGGAGUAUAUUCACAGUGUGACAUACACUUUAGCUGAUCUUUUAGUGAACACUGCUUUUGAAAGGGGUACCAUGGACAACAUGGCAAUUGUAGUCAUUCCUUUGAAAUCUUCUGGGACUUUUGUGGAAAAUGUGUUUGAUGUAGAUGAAACCUCUGACUUGUCAUUGUUGGAAUUGCAGAAAAAGUUAGCAAAUGAUGCAAUUAAUACACGCCUUGUACCAAUGGAGUACUACAACAACAUCGCAUCGAAGUUUGAUCGGUUUUUGGUUGAAACAGAACAGAGAAGACUUGGUUGCUUUUAUCUGUCGGAAAAUCUGAAUGAGGACAUGGAUUAUGUUUUCCAAGGACCGAAAGAAUCUCAAAAAGGUGGAGAGCAUGGCUUAUAUCAGUCAUUACUUGACUCAGAUAUGUCAUAUCACAGUGGAGGGCCUUUAGAACGUUAUGAAGACCAAAAGUUAUGCUGGCACUUCGGGAUCCACGAUGGAGACAGAGGUCAAUGUACUAGUCCUGAUGUGUUCGCUAAGUUUCUGGGUUUGCUAGACUCAAUUCCUUACAGUGAUAUCAGAUCCGACUCUUCAGAAUCAUUUGCAUACAAAAUACCCAAUUUCAGGUAUGUCUUAAAGCGGAGGUUUGAUCGUGGAUCAUAUGGCGAAGUUUGGUUGGCCUUUCAUUGGAAUUGUUCCCAGGAUAGUGAUAUAUACAACAGCAGCCAUAAAAACUUGUAUCAUUUUGCUUCGAGUCUGCAUAUGGAUACAUCUAAGUGCAAUAUGAGUGCAAGCUCUAAAACAUCCAAUAGACAUUGCUCUACUGAUCAGAGGGACAGCAAUUUGUUCAUUCUGAAGCGGAUAAUGGUGGAGAGAGGGACCAAUGCUUACCUGAGUGGCCUGCGUGAAAAGUACUUUGGAGAACUUUUUUCAAAUGCUUCUACGUCUCUAGGGGGUUCAAUUACAGAAACACCAACAACCUUUUCUGUAGAUAUACAAUCUGAUUUCUCUGAUCUUUUGCAAAAGAACAUGUCAGAUAAUGAUGAGGUGGAUGAUAUCUUUGAUUCAACAAAUACUUACGCUAGGAAUUAUGGAGCAAUGCCGAUAAGCUAUGAAGAAGGUUUAAAACAUAUAGCUAGAUAUGUAGAAUCAUUUGAGUCAGAAUCAAAAGAAUUAUGGCUUGUUUUUAGUAAUGAAGGAAUGUCUCUAUCAAAGCUGAUAUAUACAGCAGAAGAAUCAAAAUCAUUCACCAAUAAUGAAAGGGAUGAAAAAGUGAGGAAUGUUAGAGUACUACGUCCUUCUUCCUGGUGGCACUGGUUAAGGACGACAGAAGCAGGACAAAACGAAAUGAAAGACCUCAUAUGGCAGCUGUUACUGGCUCUCAAAGCUUGUCAUGAUCGCAAUGUCACCCAUAGAGACAUUAAACCUGAAAACAUGAUUGUAUGCUUGGAAGACGUGGACACAGGAAGAUGCUUAAGCAAAAUUCCCAAUGGGGAUAGACAAAAUCAUCUAAAAAUGCGGAUUAUUGAUUUUGGCAGUGCAAUUGAUGAUUUCACCAUGAAGCAUCUUUAUGGAUCUGGGCCAACUAGAUCUGAACAGACCUUUGAGUACACUCCACCAGAAGCUUUACUUAAUGCGAGCUGGUUUCAGGGGCCAAAAAGCGUAACACUGAAGUAUGACAUGUGGAGUGUGGGAGUUGUGAUGCUAGAGUUAAUUUUAGGAUCCCCUCAUGUUUUUGAGAUAAAUGAUCGUACCCGUGCUCUGUUGGACCAGCAUCUUGAAGGUUGGAGUGAGCAUACCAAGGAGCUUGCAUAUAAAUUGAGAUCGUACAUGGAGUUGUGCAUUUUAAUACCUGGAAUUUCUCCACAACAUUAUCCAACUGGUGUUAAAAAUGGCCAUGUUGGUGUUUCGCCUGCUUCUUGGAAAUGUUCUGAAGAGUCUUUUUCACUUCAAGUGAAAAGUAGAGAUCCUCUUAAACUGGGCUUUCAAGAUGUUUGGGCAUUGCGAUUAGUACGCCAGUUGUUAGUAUGGCAUCCUGAAGAUCGGUUGAGUGUUGAUGAAGCUCUGCGCCAUCCUUACUUUCAGCCACAUUAUUAAAGAAGCUGCUAGACAAGAUUGCGGGCAAUCUUUGACACCAUAACGAGGUUGCUCUACGGAUUCAAAAAUCAUGGCAUCCUAAGCAUACCCAAUGUACUGUACCAGUUGAACUCUUUAGAGUAUAAUAUACCAUUACGAGGGGGACAUCAUGCUCAUGCAGCAGACUUGCUGAUAUGAUGGAUAUUGGUUAUUAUGGCAUCGACCAAGUCAAGUCACCUGUUGUUCUUCAUCAUCGGGCAUGUGUUGAAGAGACGGUAAUCCCAAAACAAGAUAGCCAUCAUAUGUGGAGUAUAUUAUCUACUCCCAACUGUCCAAAGUGAUACGAGGCCCUUAUCAAGGUUCAUGAGGACCAACGUCAAACUGAAUUCAAAGGUAUACUCAAAUCUUUAAGAAGGAUCUAACACAGUAAUCUUUGUAUACUCAAAUCUUUAAGAAGGAUCCAAGACAAUAAUCUUUGUAUACUCAAAUCUUUAAGAAGGACUAGCGCAUUUGUGAUGGUACGAUGUGUGUAUCAUAGUAAUGUGCUAUUCACUUUAUGAUCCUUAGGAACUUUGUCCGGUGAUAAGUUUGUUGUAAAUCUCCAGAGAGUAUAUAGAUAUGUAGACACGCACACUUGGAUGAAAGAGCCCUCCAAAUGUGUUGGAAGGGAAGCCACGUGUGCGUUGGUUUUUAAUUUAUUAGAGCAUAGUUUACCAGCUUAAUUUCCAUGUCAGGUUUCAAUCGAGAGAUCUUUUUCCA